AUGAAACGGAUUUUCAACAUGAUUGGAAAAAGGACUAAGGAUGCUCACUUCCAACAAAAAGCCGUUAAAAAAAUGGAAGAGAUCGAAAAAGGUGAGAAAAUCCUGGCUCCCAAAGUUCCUACAGAAGAAAAAAGGUUUCAAGAAGCGCAAGGAGAUGAGAAGGUCAGAGAGGCUUUGAACAAGAAAGAUGAAACUUUAAUCAACAACAUGAACAAAAUGAAAAUCACCUCAACAGAUCCAGUAGAACGAUGGACUUCAGUCAAAAAUCUACCAACACGUGAAUCCGAAUGGCUUCACAGAAAUGAUCCUGUUUGGGAGUACGGUUUCUACGAACCCGAAGAAAAGCGAAUACCAAAAAAUAAACUUAUGUUUAGAGAAGCUUUAGAGGUGUUACGAGCUAGACAAGAAGUUGAAGAUGAUGAACAAACUCCUGCUGCCGCUAAACGACGAGAGCAAGCGCGUGCUAUUUAUGAUGAACACAAAGCUGUCGCACGAGUGGAUAAGGAAAUGCUUGAAGAUAUGUGGGAGUACUUCCGUCCUUUCGUAAGGAAAGACAAGCAGAAGGUUGUAUCAAAGUUUGAGCUCCAACAACUCCAAGCACAUCUGCAAGGUAUGUCUGACGAAACGAGUCUGCUCGAAGGAACUAGAGAUGGUUUCCGAAAACUUUUUGAACGGAAUAAGGAUGCGCUUAAACAGUAUGACAAGCUAGAUGAAGCUGAAAGGAAGCAAUUACAAGAAGCAAUUUCGGAACAAAGAAGAGCUGAAAGAGAUCGGCUAAGUUCUCGGUUAAAGGACAUUGAAUACGUGGAAGAACAAACUAAACAGACAGUGGCAGAAGCGAGGAAAAAGGCUGAUGAAUCGAAGGAAGACAAGUGA